AUGGCACUAUAUGGGACUUCUGACGCCUUGAUGUGCAAGGCGUUCCCAACGACCCUAAGGGGACCGGCCCGCGCAUGGUACAGCGGCCUGAAGACCGGGACCAUCUCUUCCUUCGACCAGCUCGCUCGAGACUUCAAGCUCAACUUCCUGGCCUACGCCCGUCCGAAGCCGUCCGUGGCGUUGCUCCUCGGACUCCACCAAAGGGAGGACGAGCCCCUCUCCCACUUCGUAAACCAUUUUACGACGCAGAUCCGAGGACUCUCAGACGCUCACCCUUCUCUAUUGAUGCAGGCGUUCAUGAUAGGCCUGCGGCCCUCCAGGUUCUUCUGGUCUCUGGUGGAGCGGCCCCCCACGACUGUCACGACCCGGAUCUGA